GCUCUGGAUAAGGCUAAAGAUGCAGCCAGCAAGGAAAGGGCUCUCACUAGACAAAGAGAUCAACUGGCUUUAGAAAUCACUCCAAAUAUGGACCUCACAUUUUCGGUUUUACUGAAUUUAGCAACUCAGUAUGGCAAUAAUGAGAUGUAUGGUGAGGCCAUGAAUACUUAUCAAAUUAUUAUAAAGAACAGGUCGUUUACCAAUGCUGGACGCUUAAAAACAAACAUGGGGAAUUUAUGUUUUAGUCAAGGAAAUUAUCCAAAGGCAAUAAAAUUUUAUCGCAUGGCUUUGGACCAAGUGCCUAACACCCACAGAGAUAUGAGAAUUAAAAUUAUGAAGAACAUUGGCUUAGCUUUUGUAAAGCUUGGUCAGUAUACAGAUGCCAUUACAUCAUAUGAGUAUAUUAUGGCGGAAAAAGCAGAUUUCAGAACAGCUCUACAUCUUCUUCUGUGCCAUUAUGCCCUGGGAGACAAAGAGAAAAUGAAGAAGAGCUUUACAAAGUUGCUGGAUAUUGUUCUGGAUCAUGUAGAGGAUGAAGACAAAUAUUCUACUACUUCUGAUGAUCCUCAAACUAAUCUUAUUGUUGAAGCAAUUAAAAACGAUUCACUUCGUAAAAUUGAAAGGCAGAGGAAACAGGAAGCAGAAUGGACUAUAUUGACUGCUGCAAAGCUCAUUGCACCUGUUAUUUCAGAUUCAUUUGCUGCAGGAUAUGAAUGGUGUGUUGACCAAAUAAAGUUAUCCCCAUAUGCUGAUUUAGGUAAUGAUCUUGAAAUCAAUAAAGCUGUGACAUAUCUUAGAAAAAGAGAGUUUAAUCAAGCAAUCGAAACAUUGAAAGCUUUUGAAAGAAAAGAAACUAAAGUUGCAAGUACUGCUGCUACCAAUCUAGCAUUUCUGUAUUUCUUACAAGGUGAUGUUAGUCAAGCAGAAAAAUGUUCUGACCAAGCUGUUAUAGCUGAUCGAUACAAUGCUGGAGCUUUGGUCAAUCACGGAAAUUGUUCAUUAUCCAAAGGAGAUCAUGAAAAGGCGAUUGAAUACUAUAAAGAAGCGUUGGCCAAUGAAGCUAGUUGUGUAGAAGCUUUGUAUAAUCUUGGACUAGCCUACAAAAAAAUGAAUAAUGCAGAAGAUGCUUUAGAAUCAUUUUACAAGCUACAUGGUAUUGUUCGGAAUCAUCCUCAAGUUAUUUACCAGAUAGCCAGUUUAUAUGAACAGCUGGAAGACAUAGAUCAAGCAUUAGAAUGGUACCAGCAAGUCAUUACAUUAGUACCAACAGAUCCACAUCUUUUGGCUAAGAUUGGAGACAUGUACGAAGCUGAGUCAGACAAGCAGCAAGCAUUUCAAUACCACUCUGAUUCUUAUAGGUAUUUCCCCUCUAACAUGGAAAUUAUUCAAAAAUUGGGUUCUUACUAUAUAGAAUCUCAAAUGUUUGAAGAAGCAAUAAAAUAUUUUGAGAGAGCAGCUAUAAUUCAACCAAAUCAAGUUAAAUGGAAACUGAUGGUUGCUGCUUGCUUGAGAAGAAGUGGAAAUUAUCAACAGGCUCUAGAAGAAUAUAAAACUAUACAUCGCAAAUUUCCAGAUGAUGUAGAAUGUAAGAAAAUCUUUUUGUGA